UGAUGGAGGUUUUGUUACCCGAACAUUUUGACUGGUGCUAACCCUGGUGGGAUGUGUGUUCACUCUGGCAGCCAGCACACAGACUGAGAAAGGAUCCUCCCAUCCCCACCCACACGUUCCUGGUAACCUGUGCUUGAGAAGGGAUUUACACUUAAACACUUGGAAGAUUUAGGACGACGCUUUCCUGAGUGAAAGGGAAUGGAUGAGCAGAAUCACAGUGGAUUUAACAAUCUGGAACGGGAGCUUUACCAGAUCGACUAUCGGACAAUUGUGGGGGAAAUGGAACUGCCACGGCCCACUGGGGAUCAGGUGCCCCCUGGAGUGGGAUCUCCAAGUGGGUAUCAUCAUAGGCCUGGGCAUGAGACUGCUGCACAGCGCUACACUGCCACCAGGAUUCAGGCUGGCUUUGAGCCUGACAGCAUGGCCGAUUACCUGAUCAGCGGCGGCACCGGCUACGUGCCCGAGGAUGGCCUCACCGCACAGAUUCUCUUCGCUUCCGCCGACGGACUCACUUAUAAUGACUUCCUGAUUCUUCCCGGUUUCAUUGACUUCGCUGCAGAUGAAGUGGACCUGACUUCUGCUCUCACCAAAAAAAUUACCCUGAAGACUCCCCUUGUCUCCUCUCCCAUGGAUACUGUAACAGAAUCCAGUAUGGCAAUUGCUAUGGGGUUAAUGGGUGGAAUUGGAUUCAUCCAUCAUAAUUGCACCCCGGAGUUUCAAGCUAAUGAGGUCCGCAAAGUUAAGAAAUUUGAACAAGGCUUCAUCACUGACCCGGUGGUCAUGAGCCUCCACCACACAGUCGGAGAUGUCUUUGAAGCCAAAUUACGGCAUGGUUUCUCAGGAAUUCCAAUCACAGAAACGGGCAAAAUGGGAAGCAAGCUGAUGGGGAUCGUCACAUCGCGGGACAUUGACUUUCUUUCUGAGAAAGAUUAUGACAUUGCUUUGAAUGAGGUGAUGACGAAGCGAGAAGACCUGGUUGUUGCACCAGCUGGUGUGACCCUCAAGGAAGCCAAUGAAAUUCUACAACGUAGCAAGAAAGGGAAGUUGCCGAUCGUUAAUGACAUGGAUGAGCUCAUCUCAAUCAUUGCACGGACAGACUUGAAAAAGAACCGAGAUUACCCACUGGCAUCGAAAGAUUCACGGAAGCAGCUUCUCUGUGGAGCAGCCAUUGGAACACGGGAGGAUGAUAAAUAUCGGCUGGACCUGCUGAUGCAGGCAGGGGUGGAUGUUGUUGUCUUGGAUUCUUCCCAAGGAAACUCUGUGUUCCAGAUAAGCAUGAUUCGAUACAUAAAGCAGAAAUACCCAGAGUUGCAGGUGGUUGGUGGGAAUGUGGUAACCGCCGCACAAGCCAAAAACCUAAUUGAUGCUGGAGUGGAUGGUCUACGGGUUGGGAUGGGGUGUGGUUCAAUCUGCAUCACUCAGGAAGUUAUGGCAUGUGGCAGACCUCAGGGUACAGCAGUAUACAAAGUGGCAGAAUAUGCUCGUCGCUUUGGUGUUCCAGUUAUUGCUGAUGGUGGAAUCCAGACGGUCGGCCAUGUGGUGAAGGCUCUGGCUUUGGGUGCUUCAACAGUGAUGAUGGGUUCAUUGCUGGCAGCCACAACAGAGGCCCCAGGCGAGUAUUUUUUCUCUGAUGGAGUGAGGUUGAAGAAAUACCGUGGCAUGGGGUCAUUGGACGCAAUGGAGAAAAGCACAAACAGUCAGAAACGAUACUUCAGUGAAGGUGAUAAGGUGAAAGUAGCCCAAGGAGUUUCAGGAUUAAUUCAGGACAAGGGAUCAAUACACAAGUUUGCACCUUACUUAAUAGCAGGAAUUCAGCAUGGAUGCCAGGAUAUCGGAGCCAAGAGUCUCUCCAUCCUUCGAUCAAUGAUGUACUCAGGGGAGCUGAAGUUUGAGAAGAGAACAAUCUCCGCUCAGGUAGAAGGUGGUGUGCAUGGUCUGCAUUCAUACACAUUUUUGCCAUUUACGAGAAGCGACUUUACUGAAGAUGGGAAUGUUGCUCACCAGACCAUGGCUCCCAAUGUCCCCUCCCCGUUGGCCAUCAAACAGCAAAGACACCCAUGACCAUUUAGGCCAUCUUCUGCCUCUGAUAUUGAGGCAGCUACCCCGCUUUGCCUCCUGGCUUGUGACGCACAAUUUUUUUACUUUAUUUUGGACUUUUGUAACCUGAGCUGUGAAGAGUAGAAUCUGGGAGAAAAGAAAAAAAUCAAUGCAAUGGUGGCCUCGUCCAAUGAGACUGUGAGCUAUUAGUGAAUUGGCCACUAUGUGCUUGCUAUUUUCCCGAAUCCCGAAGCCAAGCCUGGUGUCCGGCUUUUACAACAAGAUUUCUCUCUGAUGGUUUCACUCAACAGAUUGGACAAUAAGUUUAUUUUUGUCAUCAGAAUUGUUUGUGUUUCUGCUUUAAUUUUUUAAAAAAAGUAAUUUGGGUGGGGAAAAGCAUGAUUUUGUUCAGUCCAAAUGACCAGAAUUGUCAAAAGGCAAAUAUGGAGUGAAUUGUUAACAUUGUGUCCUUGUCAAAAAAAAAAGACAAAUGCUGCAAGAACUCAGCCAGCCUAGAAGCAUCUGCCUCAAGGUCAACUAAGUCCUUCCAUCCUUUCUGUUUUUGUUUCAAGAUAUGUGCUUUGUACAGUUUUAUAUGUUGUCCUUGUCACUUCCUGCGGUUAAUGCAUCACUGUAACUGAUGGAAAUGAUUUUGUUUUAAUCUCCUCCCUGUUACACAACAAAACAUAGGAUGGUAGGAAAGAAGGGCACUGUGAGCUUUGGACUGAAGCUGGAAACUGUUCAUUGUUUCCAGAGGUUUGCUGAGCUACCAGUAUACAAUGCAUCAUGUAUUUGAAGUCACAUCAUACCACUCAAGUAUGGAAAAGGGGAGUUGUGGACACUCCCUACACCUUGUGGAGCAUGCUAUUGACUGGCUUUGCUACAGGUGUGUGGAUGUUUCCUCUGGUGACCUUGUACUAAGCUUCAAGGGCAUGUUCCAGUUUUAUUGACUUGAACCCUAGCAAAAUCCAUCAGAAUAAAUUGCCACCUUGUGACUCACCUGUUUUUGUUCAUUCAAGUUCUUUACACUUAUCCAUCCUUUAUCUAUCAUCCAGUAACCUGAUACUCAGUUACAAGUUCUCAGGCCAAACACGAAGAUACUUUGGUGUAUCAGCCCCAAGUCUAGGCUUGGCAAUCUGGGCAAAGGGUAACAGGAAGAACUCUGGGUCAAAAUUACUCCAUUCCUGAUGCUUACUGUUGGAUAAAGCUUUAUGAAAAAUAUUUUGCAACUCCAUGCCUGUAAAAAAAGAAGAAAACACUUACUGUGAGGUGGAGCAAAAUGGAAUAAAUGCUUUUGAUUUUGA